AUCAUGGCAUUACCUUUGCACUAUGUAAAUCACCUAGACUAAAGCUGGGGCUACUGUCCCCAGGUGAGCCUUCCCUGCAAAGCCUUGUCUCCUUUUCUUUCCUCUUUUCUCCUUAACCAGCCUCACCAGCCACUUUCCUGUUCUAGGUGCUGCCCAUCCCCAGGUCCCUAGCACACGUGUACUGUCCUGUCUCCUGGGACACUACCCCAGUGCUUUACCUGGCUGAUCAAAUGAUAAAUCCAAGGUCAAUCCUCCUGGAUCCUCACCACCACCAGCAGCUGGGCAUGUACACCCCCCUCUGUAACUUUAACAGUAUCCACCAUGAUCCAAAGUUUCUUCACUUGUGUUUGUGUUUACUUGUCUUUGCCCAAGCUCUGCGGGAGCAGGUGUAACCCCUUUUCAUUCCUGCAUGUCCAGCACCCAGGACAGUGCCUGGUACAGAGGAGGAACUCACUAUAUCUGCCCACAGCAGUACAUCCCUGGCUGGAUGCCUGAACAAAAAGCCCCACUGAGUGAGCAUCCCAGCCUCUCAGUACCUUUGUUAGCUUUUUACCUCCCUGGGAUACUGUGACUUCUGUAAGAAGUGGCCAAAAGAAGCACAUGGCUCAAUGACUUGCCACAGCCACUGAGAACUGAAUGAGCCUGUUAGCAGCAAAUCAGCAGGCCCGAGAGUGGACACGCAGAACCUGGAAGAGAUGGGUACCUUCCUAGGCUACUCUUCUGCUUGGUGACAUAACUCUAGCUUCCCCAUGCUUCAUCAGGGACUGCCAUGAGAAAAUGGAGAGGUCUUCUCCCUGUCGUUCAGGCAGCAUAUCCGAGAAAGCCGCACACAGAGAUUAAAAUGCAUCCCCGAGGGCAGCUGCCCCUGCUCUUUGGUACACACAUGCACUGUACUCUUUCUGGUCUAGUGUGCUGUGUUUUUCUGACCAACGAUUUAUAUUGUCUUCAUCAACAUGAGUUAACUUUGUAUAGUAGAAUAUUUUGCACAAGGUUUUAUGUUAUUAUGUAAUUAGUAGGAUUGCUAUUUUCUUUUAAAAAGGAUUUAUUUAUUAUUAUAUGUAAGUACACUAUAGCUGUCUUCAGACACACAAGAAGAUGGAAUCAGAUCUCACUACAGAUGGUUGUGAGCCACCAUGUGGUUGCGGGGAUUUGAACUCAGGACCUUCGGGAGAGCAGUCAAUGCUCUUAACUGCUGAGCCAUCUCACCGGUCCCCAAGAUUGCUAUUUUCAUAGGUAGUUGAGCUACAAAUAAUGUAAACCUUAAGUAUGCCAAGAUGUCAAAUAAACAAACAAACAAACAGAUAGACAGGUAAGUUAAUCUUAUAUGCACAUUUUUUGAGAGACAAUAUAACGCUGUACCUAUAUUGUAUUAGAGACUAUGGUGGGGGGCUUCCUCAUUUUUAUUUAUUCAUUUAUUUUGCAUCAUUGUAAACUCAAGUCUCUGCUCUAUCCCCCUCUGCAAUUUUCAAUUAUUUGUUUCUAGAAACGUCUCAUUGCUUCUAGCAAAGUUAAAAUAUUCUUUUAUCUUGAUAGAUGUUAGAGAAUACUUACUGACUUGACUGUCAGCCUGAGGCUUUAUCAGUCAAUAACUUUCCAAACAAGGAACUCUGGAGACGGGGUCAGGAAAAGUAUAAAAUUCAGCUGUUCGCAAAGUCCUUACAGGAAAUCAAGAUCGAGGACCCUAGAAAACACUGAAACACCAUUCAAAGUGUAUAGAUGUAUGUGCAAAUAAAUGUAUAGAAUGCAGGGGAGCAGUCUCCUGCAGGUGUGCAAUUAGAUGUAUAGAUUGCAUGGGAGCACUCUCCUGCAGGCAUGACAGAAAAUGAGAUCAGAAUGCCAUGCUGAAGAGAGGACACCCUCGAAUCCAGAAACCUGCAACCACCAAUUGAGUGACCUGGGUACCCAGAGGGCCAUUUUCAAACAGGCCAUGAGGCACUGGGAGAAGCACACCUGUGUGACCUUCGUAGAGAGGACAGAUGAGGAAAGCUUCAUUGUAUUCAGUUACAGGACCUGUGGUUGUUGUUCCUACGUGGGACGCCGAGGAGGUGGCCCGCAGGCCAUAUCCAUCGGGAAAAACUGUGACAAGUUCGGCAUUGUGGCUCACGAGCUGGGCCAUGUGGUUGGGUUCUGGCAUGAACACACUCGGCCAGACCGAGACCAACAUGUCACCAUCAUCAGAGAAAACAUCCAGCCAGGUCAGGAGUAUAAUUUCUUAAAAAUGGAAGCCGGCGAGGUGAGCUCUCUGGGAGAGACCUACGACUUCGACAGCAUCAUGCACUAUGCCCGGAACACCUUCUCAAGAGGAGUUUUCUUAGACACCAUCCUCCCCCGUCGAGACGACAAUGGCGUCAGGCCAACCAUUGGCCAACGCGUGCGGCUCAGUCAGGGAGAUAUAGCUCAAGCCAGGAAGCUGUACAAAUGCCCAGCAUGUGGGGAGACACUACAGGACACGACAGGAAACUUUUCGGCACCUGGUUUCCCAAAUGGCUACCCCUCCUAUUCCCACUGCGUCUGGAGGAUCUCCGUCACCCCAGGGGAAAAGAUCAUCCUAAAUUUCACCUCCAUGGAUUUGUUUAAGAGCCGCCUGUGCUGGUACGAUUACGUGGAGAUCCGGGAUGGUUACUGGAGAAAGGCCCCCCUGUUGGGGAGGUUCUGUGGCGAUAAGAUACCUGAGUCCCUUGUCUCCUCGGACAGCCGGCUCUGGGUGGAAUUCCGUAGCAGCAGCAGCAGCCUGGGCAAAGGCUUCUUUGCUGUAUAUGAAGCCAUGUGUGGGGGAGACAUAACCAAAGAUGCAGGCCAGAUUCAGUCUCCCAACUACCCUGACGACUACAGACCUUCCAAGGAAUGUGUGUGGAGGAUCACAGUGCCCGACGGGUUCCAUGUGGGACUUACCUUCCAGUCCUUCGAGAUCGAAAGGCAUGACAGUUGUGCAUAUGACUAUCUGGAAAUCCGAGACGGUCCCACAGAGGACAGCACCCUGAUUGGCCACUUCUGUGGCUACGAGAAGCCGGAGGCCGUGAAAUCCAGCGCUAACCGACUGUGGGUGAAGUUUGUGUCCGACGGCUCCAUCAAUAAAGCGGGCUUUGCAGCCAAUUUCUUCAAGGAGGUGGAUGAGUGCUCCUGGCCAGACCAUGGUGGAUGUGAGCAGCGCUGUGUAAACACACUCGGCAGCUACACGUGUGCCUGUGACCCUGGCUACGAACUGGCUGCCGACAAGAAGACAUGUGAAGUGGCCUGUGGUGGCUUCAUUACCAAGCUAAACGGCACCAUCACCAGCCCUGGAUGGCCGAAGGAGUAUCCCACCAACAAGAACUGUGUCUGGCAGGUGGUGGCUCCCGUGCAGUACCGCAUCUCACUGCAGUUCGAAGCCUUUGAGCUGGAAGGCAAUGACGUCUGUAAGUAUGACUUCGUAGAGGUGCGCAGUGGCCUGUCCCCAGAUGCCAAGCUUCACGGCAAAUUCUGUGGCUCCGAGACCCCGGAGGUCAUCACAUCGCAGAGCAACAACAUGCGAGUGGAAUUCAAGUCUGACAACACCGUCUCCAAGCGAGGCUUCAGGGCUCACUUCUUCUCAGACAAAGACGAGUGUGCCAAAGACAAUGGCGGCUGCCAGCAGGAGUGUGUCAACACGUUCGGGAGUUACCUGUGCAGAUGCAGGAACGGGUACCGACUGCAUGAGAACGGACACGACUGCAAAGAGGCUGGCUGCGCCUACAAGAUCAGCAGUGCAGAGGGGACCCUGAUGAGUCCUAACUGGCCAGACAAAUACCCCAGCCGGAAGGAAUGUACCUGGAACAUUUCAUCAACCGCAGGCCACAGGGUGAAAAUUACAUUCAGUGAGUUCGAGAUUGAGCAGCACCAGGAAUGUGCCUAUGACCACCUGGAACUGUACGAUGGGACAGACAGCUUGGCCCCCAUCCUUGGCCGCUUCUGCGGCAGCAAGAAGCCGGAUCCCGUGGUGGCGACAGGCAGCAGCCUAUUCCUCAGGUUUUACUCGGACGCCUCAGUGCAGCGGAAAGGCUUCCAGGCUGUGCACAGCACAGAGUGUGGGGGCAGGCUGAAGGCUGAAGUACAGACCAAAGAGCUCUAUUCCCAUGCCCAGUUUGGGGACAACAACUACCCGAGCCAGGCCCGCUGUGACUGGGUGAUAGUGGCAGAAGACGGUUAUGGCGUGGAGCUGAUAUUCCGGACCUUUGAAGUUGAGGAGGAAGCUGACUGUGGCUACGACUUCAUGGAGGCUUAUGAUGGGUACGACAGCUCGGCACCCAGGCUCGGCCGCUUCUGUGGCUCAGGGCCAUUAGAGGAAAUCUACUCCGCCGGAGACUCGCUAAUGAUCCGCUUCCACACGGACGACACCAUCAACAAGAAAGGCUUUCACGCCCGGUACACUAGCACCAAGUUCCAAGACGCCUUGCACAUGAGGAAGUAGCGCCUCAGUUCUGGAAAGGCAGAGAGACUGAGGGUGUUUUAAACACUUGCGAGUGAGCAGCCUCCCAUGUACAGUGUUUUUUCUCCACAACAAAAACCCAAACUAUGUUCUUGAAACUCUAUAUCUGGGUGACAGUACAUGCCUUUGGCCAACGGGAGGAGAGAGAGGGGCCGUUGGUUCUGGCUGUGGCGUUAUCAGUCGCAGCUUCUGGAGGAGGUCAAAGUUUGAUGUUAGCGACCAAACAGGAUGACUUCUUCACAUUUGUCUCUAAGCUUUGCUCCUGUGGCUCCGAAGGCCAGCCUGGGGCAAAAGGACAGCUUAGGGCAAAAGACUGCCUCUCUCUCAACUCUGGCCCGGCUUCCAUAGAUGGCAUGAGCCCAGUGUGCUGGUGACUUGGCUGCCCUCUGACUACUGGGCAUGGAGGAUUAUAGAUUGGCAGCGGCUUCGCUGAUACUCGCAGGUGUGGCUGAACGCUUCUGUGCAGUUCUACCAGAGUCAAGCCAAUCAAGAAACCGGAGACCGUGGACACGAGAGUUAAGGUGGCAUCCCAGGGCACAGGGAGGGGGCUCAACCUGGGAACCACAUAAUGGCGCUGGAAGACCUUGAGCAUCUUCCUCUGGCCCUGCUUGUCCUUGUCACCUCUGGGGAGCCCCUGUCAUCAGUCUCCAUUCAGAAAGGAGAACCCACGGUCACUCCUAGCAGAACAUUCGCUGGCGAGCACCCCCAGGUUGCUGAGAGGACGCCUAGCUUCACCCAAUAUUUCUCCUCUGCUCAGAGGCUUAGAAGAUGAUGUCACCUGCGCUGGGGUUCCCAGAUGUCACCUGGGCUGGGGUUCCCAUGGGCUUCCAGGAACCUCCCAGCUGAAGGCACCUGCUCUGGCGAACCUCAGCCGCUGGACAGCCAGUUCAAACAGCAUCUGCGAGACGUGUCAAGUCAUCUCAGGACCAAUCCACGUCUCACUGGGAGAAAACUAGUAAUUCCACAUUAUCUAAGAGCCACCGUCUCUGGAACAAGGUGGUCUGUGGUACGACUCAUGUAACCAGACAGGUUAGAGUGCGUGGACGGCUUUGCUGGGAUUAACCGGGACCCAGCCGCCCUCUUGCACUCAGAAUUCUCAGCACCCCUGCACUUGCUCUAGCGGCGUGUUAAGGGUGAUGUUUACAUAAUUUUAGCACCUCAAGGUAUAAUCGAAAUAGUGAGGUAGUUUUGAAUGGCAUUUCGUUAAGGCAUCUCUGGGCAUUAUGAGCUUAAAAGCUGUGGUACGUUAGCUUUCUAAGAGCAUUUAUGUUGGAAUACUUUUAAAAUAAUGUUUACAUUAACUAACUGCAAGUCCUGUUGGUUGGGUUGGUGGCAAACGCAGGGCGGCGGCACAGGAGACUGUUGCUGUUAGAGAUGGCGUAGCUCCCAAGCACCAGAAUCCCUAUGUGAUGGACUGUCACUUUAAACAAAGCAUAUAUGAAGGCUAAAGGUUCUACUUAAAAAAAAAAUCACAGUAUCCCCAUCAGAGGAUGACGUCCAACUGAAAUAAGUGCUGGGAGUAAGAACUAGGAGACAAAGAAAGGAGAGAAAAAUACAUCCAAGUAUUAUUAUUAUUAAUAAUAUAUGUCUGUAUAUAUGUAUCUAUGUCUGUAUGUAAGGGUCAGCUAUCAAUGCCUUAAUCAAGGCAUUGUGACAGUGCCAACCCACUGACUGUGGCUUAUCAUCAGACUCUGGUGCUGGCCCCACACCUUAUUCCUCUCCCUUCAAAACCAAGACCUCUUCUCUCUUCUCUUGGCUCUGAACUGUAAGCUUCAGCCUCCAUCCUGUCCUGAUCGCUGGCUUCAUAUGGCAAAAGAGACAGCUUAUGCCAUGGUUCUUGUCCACUCAGCCCCACUGGGGUAGAUUCCACAUCUCUGGUGUGUGUGCAUGUGUGUGUGUACGUGUGUGUGUAUGUGUGUGUGCAUGCGUGUGUGUGGGUGUGGGUGUACGUGUGUGUGUGUGUGUGUGUGUGUGUGUACGUGUGCGUGUGCGUGUGUGUAUGUGUGAUUAGCUUUUAUUUUUUGCCUCAUCUUGUCUGGCAAGGGUGGAAUGAAAAUCAGGAUUCAUAAGGUAUCUGUCACCCUCUCGCUCCACACACAUAAAAAUUCUGUAUUUUUAACCUUUAGAAAUGUAACUAAGAUUGGCAAAUUCCAUGGAAAAUAGGAGCUGGGGAGAAUCAGGGUUGGUUUCAGCAUUUGUCACCCUGGUGACACACUGAUAAUUCUUUUUAGUGUGAAUGUUUUCAGAGGCACACAGCUUUAGCGGAGGCCAGCUUACAACAAUAGGGCUCUUAUGAAAGCUCUUAUUUAAGCCUGUGAAUGACAUAUUCCCAGAAGACAGGCUCAGAUUCAACAAAGGCUGCUUGAGCCCCCCCCCCACCCCCUCUGGAAGCCAACACCCACAGGGAUUCACACAUGACACAGGCCCUGCAAUGAACCACAGGCUGGCUUCCAAGAAUAGAAUACCACUCCACAGACAGACCCAGGGGCCCGCUUCGGCCCUUCCAGUUGCUCAGUGGCCUCUCUGGAAAUGUCAUAUGUGGAUGGAUAGAGGGGCUCAAGGGUAGCCCUUAGGUUUACCCUUUAUGUGGGACCAGGCCUGGGGGUGUCAUGGAGCUCUAAGACCUAAAAACUGCCUCUGGGACAAAUGACGUAAGGAAGAGUUUGGAGCCGGGGUCUCCUGCCUGAUGUAAUUCUAUUCUACUCUGAGUCAGCAGAAACUAGAACCUGUCCCCCAGGAUGGAAAACUUCUCCAAACAGCUGAAGCCAGGCCAUGUAUUGAUUCACUAUUUUCUCUAAAGGAUCUUUCUCAGAAUUUCCCUCUACACAGCCAUGGCAUUCAUAAAUUGCCCAGUCUGUUUAAAAUAAUUCUCUAAACACAGUUCACCAGCAAAUCUACGUAGGAUCACGCUGUAAGUCUUGCCCCGUUGCUCUGCACGGUUCUUGGUGUUGCUCACGCAGUCUGGGAAGAGAUGGCCCCUUAGCAUCCACAGAUGUUUUUUAAAGUUUGCUUUGCAGAUUGUGAUCAAAGUUCCAAUCGCCAACCCCAAAUAUCUAAAAAUGUUCUUAAAAAAAAAGAAAAGUGUUAUCUAUAAAUAUAAAGGUAUUUUUAUUUUGAGUAAUUUUACAUUUCGUGUUAAAUGUCAGUUGGCAAGAACAUGGGGAGAUGGUAACCUUGUUUGAAAAUUGAUGGCUUCAUUAAAGAAUGUGGCUUUUGGUGCUGUG